AUGUUUGUAAACCGGGCAGGUGGUCUUAUUUAUCAAUAUGACAAUAACUUACCUCGCGACAGAUAUAGAUGAAGACAUUCAAGCUAUCCAAUAGAGCUUGUUUUAAAAACACAGAAUGAUAAAGUAGUCGUUGUAUUCGGACAAAGAGAUGGAAUAAAAGUUGGUCACACAGUGAUCGCCGUUAACGGUGAGACAGUGAGCGGCACGCGGCUAGAGGACGGACAGGAGGUGCUGGACAUCAUUGGCAACGAGGCAAACUAUCCGAUAUCGAUCAAGUUCGGCAGACGAAAGUUGCGAACGAAUGAGAAGAUCAUGCUCGCAAGCAUGUUCCACUCAUUAUUUGCUAUCGGCCACCAAUUGUCACCAGAAGUGCAAUCAUCUGGAAUUGAGGUUCUAGAGACUGAUGGAUUUAAAUUGCAUUGCUACCAAACGUUAACAGGUGUGAAAUUCAUUGUGUUGGCCGACCCAAAGGCACCGGCGGUUGAUUCGUUGCUAAAAAAGAUUCACGAAAUCUACGCAGACUAUGCAUUAAAGAAUCCCUUCUACUCUAUAGACAUGCCUAUAAGAUGCGAAUUGUUUGACCUGAAUUUGCAAGGAUCACUCGAGCAGGCCGAACGAACGGGCAUUACAAACGUAUGAGACCACGAGAUGAAACCAUCGCAAAGCAUUCUAAUUGACGGCAAACUUUCUCUCGGCGAUUUUGUUCCAUCGCACGCCGUCGCACGCAGAGUCAAGCUUUAGUGACAUUCAAGCCCUGAUGGCUUCCAUUAUCACUGGAAUAUAAAUAUUUAUGAUACAUAUAAUUAGCCGUAUCACCGCGUAACAUGUUGCGUAUUGUAUUUUA